GGCUCUCCCGUGCCGUCAUUGCGUUCGAUGGAUGGUUCUACGCCAGACUCGAUACUUAAUAAUAAUAAUAGCUUCCACUCCCGAGACGUUUUAUCUCAUCGCAGAAGGCCCCUUGCUUUACUCCCGUAUGAUGUUUUCUUCGCUCACUUUGACGAUUGGUUCGAUCGCGUGGGGUGAUCGCCCGCACAAGGUCAGGUUUCAAGAACGUUGAAGCUCCACGAGCUCUGUUGAGGACCCAGCAGCACACGCCAAUUCCUCAGCUUCCAACUUAUUCUUUUCGAUAUGGAAGUUAAGAAAGUCAUGGUCGCCUAAUGGUGGCAACUGAGACAUCGACGGUCGAAAGUUCAUCUUGCAGACAAGGUGCUGAUACGACAUCACGGCAACAGCUCAGUCGCGAUGAGCAUCCGCGCGCGCGACUACGCCCAUGGAAGCGAGCCUGGCUCACCAGCCACGGCACCGGACAAUGACAAUAUUGAUAUUGAGGCCCAACCGCGGCCACCACGCGUGCGAAUAGGCUCGGCCGUUAGCGAAGACGCAAUCACGAUUGACGCAGGUACAAGUACAGCCAGGGUGAAUUCGCGCGAAUCGGCCAAGCGACGCACGAAAAGAUCAAACACAGCACAGUCCUACUAUCCAGAUGGCGCGAAUAACCAUGAUCAGAACUGGCACCCGGGAACAGAACCAGGCAUCGACCCGAAGAAACCACUGCCGCCAUAUGGCGCGGAUUGGGGGUCCUCCGUACCAACGGAUCUACAUAGACAUUGCGACAUAACUGUGGUCGACUUCUCGCAGAACGAGAUGAGGCAGUAUGAGUUGGACAAUGACACUCUCGAGCAAUUCCUGAUGAAGGAGAAGGAACCGUGGGUGCAGUGUAGAUGGAUAAAUGUCAAUGGCUUGAGUUGGGAUGUGAUCCGACUUCUAGGCAAUCGAAAGGGUCUCCAUAGACUGGCCGUUGAGGAUCUCAUGCACACUUCCAACCGGACUAAGGCGGAUUGGUAUUCGGACCACGCAUAUGUCGUUUUGAGUCUACAAAAGCUGGUGAAAAUGCGCCAGGAGGAUAGUGAUUCUGAGGACAGCGACAAGGAGGAUGACACUUCUCGGGGCGAAAAAGAUGGCCGGAGCUCCACAUCAAGCAAUGAAACUUCUGCUUCUUCCCUCAGGAGGAGAACGAAAUGGUCAGUCGUCUUAGCGGCUUUGAUUGAUAUCUUGACUCCCUCAAAGAUGAAGUAUAAGGAGGAUCCCAAGGAUGGCGGGGAGCCAGGAGUCCGCACGACCGCCGACAAAUUCGAGUCAUAUCGGAAUUCCCAGUUUAGAGAUAGCCCAAAGGUACCUGGGCCCGCUCGUACGAUACAGCGCCAUAGGGGUGGGCCCAAUGAGGAUAGGAUCGAGUUUAUGGAGCGUCAUGCCGCCCUCGCAGCCAAGGGUCUCUGCGUCACGUUGGAACAGGUUUCGAUCUUCCUGCAUCACGACAAUACCGUCACUUCAUUCUUUGAAGCUAGCGCAGACGAUAUCGAAGCCCCUAUCGUCAAACGACUUAGUUCUCCAGAGACCAUCUUGCGCCAGUCGUGCGAUGCUAGCAUGCUCUUGCAAGCUAUCCUGGAUGCUAUUAUCGACCUGGCUAUUCCCGUGACGACCGCAUAUCAGGAUGCAAUAGGCGAUUUGGAGUUAGACAUUCUCACGGAUCCGACCAUCGAACAAUCCAAGAGUCUUUAUAUUCUUACAUCGGAGAUCGCCGUUCUGCGCAACAGCAUCCAACCAAUCGUGGCACUUGUCAAUUCGCUUCGAGACCAUCGCUCUGAGCCCGUCAGCACUCCCGGUCUGGGCACUAUCGUGAAGACUAACUCUAACAGCUCGUUUACCACUCCGUCGGGAGAGAGCUCGCUACAGAUAAGUACUUCGCCUCCGAACCUGAAGAGCAUCGGAGGCUCCACAGUGACCAUCAGCGCAAUGUGCCAUACAUACCUUGGCGAUGCACUAGACCAUGUCAUUAUGAUCGUCGAGCAUUAUGAUCAAAUGAGGCGCUCUGCAGACAACAUGAUCGAUCUCAUCUUCAAUACAAUUGGCGCAUAUCAAAACGAAAGUAUGAAACAGCUCAGUCUUGUAACGUGUUUCUACUUGCCUCUCACCUUCAUUACAGGGUACUUUGGCAUGAAUUUCAAAGAUUUUGCUGGUAUUAACCAUAGCGAUGCCUACUUCUGGAAAAUUGCCGUUCCUGUCGUGGUUGUCUCAACUUUGUUCUUGAUGCGCGACAUGGUCAAACGCUACCUCGUCCAAUUAGCCCAAAAGCGGCUGAUCGUCAGCUCGCGGAAGCAAAGGAAACGGAGACGAGCGAAGCGAAAUUAAUAAGCAUCUUGCUGUAGUUACCGUUUAUGCGGGUUGUCUUCUUGUAGUCACGAUAGUAUGUUUUUGUAUAAUGAUCACAUCUGUAUAUAUAUACGUUAUUCCGAUAUACAAGAGAAAGAGUGGAAC